GAGGCUAGGCCAGGCCGAUGGCAUCUCGUUAUCAGAGCAUGAAGACCUCCCGCCGGCCGUCCCUCCUGAAGGAGGAGCAGGACUUGGAGGUGAUGCCAGCGGCCCGUGGCCAUCCGGAGCCCACAGGUACUCUGGGCUCCCUGUGCAGACAGUUCCAAAGGAGGCUGCCCCUGAGGACAGUUAGCCUCAACCUGGGGGCAGGCCCGGCCUGGAAACGCCUGGAAACUCCAGAGCCCCAGCAUCAAGGCCUCCAGGCUGCAGCUCGCUCUGCCAAGAACGCCUGGGGUGCCAUGUCUCAGAGGAUCCAGCAGUCCUGCCAAAGUGGAACCAAGUGGCUGAUGGAGACACAGGUGACAGCAAGGAGGAGGAGGAAGAGAGGAGCACAGAAAGGCAGAGCCUCCCCCUCUCCCAGCCUGAGCCAGAGAAACACUAGGCUCUGCAGAGCCACCUGGGGCUCUGGAGAGAGGGAACACCCCAGCCUCUCUGCCCAGGUGCCACGACCCCACCAGAGACGGUGGCUGAGAAGGGAGGCCGCCCUCAGGAGCCCCUACUCCUCAGCAGAGCCCCUCUGUUCUCCCAACGAGUCAGACAGUGACCUGGAACCCGUGGGUGCAGGAAUCCAGCAUCUCCAGAAGCUGUCCCGGAAACUGGAUAAGGCCAUCAUGGCUGCAGAGAGCAGUGAUAUGGCCAGCCCCCUCAUCUGUGACUGAGGACAGCACCCUGCAGGAAUUGAGCCCAGCCUGGCCACCACCCAUCCUCACACCCAGGAUGCCUGCACCCACCGGAGAGCUGCCCCGAAGAAACACCACCUUCUCACCCGAGCCACUGCUAACAAGAAUCGGACUAAUCCAGCACUCUGGGCCCGGCCAUGACCUGCCACAGCCUGCAGUGACUUGGGGAGGCCUUGGAGAGAGGCAGGGAAUUGCUCCCAUUCCCCCAGAAGACUGGAGCAGAAAACCCAUUCCACACCAAAGCCCAUGACUGCCUCUGGGCCUGGAGUCCAGGAGCAAAGGCGGGAGGGAGUCAUCAGAAAUGCACAACCUGUAUCUCCAGAGCAGGGGCUCUGGGGACCCAACUUUCAUUCCUGCUCUCUCCUCUCAAGGAAGGGAAAGGAGAUACUCCAGACUUUACAAACAUGGUGCUUAUUCAUCAGCAUGGGAGGCACUGUGGGUAGGAAGUGUCUGCCCUUCAUAAAUUAUUUAAGGAUAUCUGUUUCCUAGAUCACACUGCGUUUUCAUAAUAAACACUCA